AUGGUCACGGGUGGCAGCGGUCUGGUCGGCAAGGGCAUCCAGGCCGCCCUAGCCAACGGCCGCUGUGGCGAGACGCCCGCCAACGAAAAGUGGGUCUACCUCUCGAGCAAGGAGGCAGACCUGCGGGACCGGCGCAAGCAUCGGCCCACGCACGUGAUCCACCUCGCGGCGAUGGUGGGCGGACUCUUCAAAAACAUGAGCCACAAGGUGGAGUUUUGGCAGCAGAACGUGGCCAUCAACGACAACGUAAUGCACUGGGCCAAAGAGUACAAGUCCAACGAGUCGUAUGCCUACGCCAAGCGCAUGAUCGACGUGCUCAACCGGUGCUACAACGAGGAGUACGGCUGCAACUUCACCUCGGCGCGCCGCCACGCCGCUAGCACGCCGCUGCGCCAGUUCAUCUUCAACGAGGAUUUGGGCGCGCUGAUGGUGUGGACGUUGCGCAACUAUGACUCUCCCGAGCCGAUCAUUCUCUCUGUCGGAGAGGAGGAUGAGGUGACGAUCCGGGACGCGGCGCUCGCGGUGGUGUCCGGGAUGGGCUACACCGGCGAGGUGGUCUUUGACACCACCAAGAGCGACGGGCAGCACAAGAAGACCGCUUCCAACGCCAAGCUGAUGGCGCUUCACCCGGAGUUCCAGUUCACGCCCUUCAAGCAGGCUGUCAAGCAGACGUGCGAGUGGUUCAAGGCCAACUACGACACUGCGAGGAAGUGA